AGACGACAGUGCGGACGAAAUAAUGGUCGUGUUCGCCUGUAAUGCGUGUGGUUCAUCAUUGAAAAAGAACCAAGUGGAAAAGCAUUAUUUGACUCAGUGCAGGAAAUGCGAGUCGGUGUCCUGCAUGGAUUGUAACAAAGAUUUCUGGGGUGAUGAAUUCAAGGAACACACAAAAUGCAUCACAGAAAACGAGAAGUACGGAGGAAAGAACUAUCAGGCGAAGCCGAGUGCCAACAAGGGCGAGAAGAAGCAAGAAGCUUGGACGGAACACGUUCAGUCCGUUCUCUCGUCUGAAGCAUCCGCGAACAUGAACCCGAGACUAAGAACUCUGCUCGAAUCCGUCUCCCAAUAUCCCAACGUACCCCGAAAGAAGGUUAAGUUCGAAAAUUUCGUGAAGAACUCGAUCUUCUGCAAAGACCCCCAGUUGAUUUCUCAAGCCUGGGACAUUUUCUCGAGUUCCAAACCAGAGGGUGUAGGGAAGCCACAACCGGAAGCCGUCAUUGUGCCUGCAGAGAGCUCGAAUGACAAGGAGAAUCUGUCGAAGCGUGAAAAGAAGGAACUCAGACGGAAAGAACAUGACAAGGUUGAGAAAAAGGAUAAGCGGAAACAAAUCGAGGAUGCUGACACGAAGCCAUCGAAGAAGCGUAAGCGACAGCAAUCGCAUGAAGAAAAUGGCGAUGAUGAGGACGAUUUGACGGGAUCUCAAGACGGUGCUGACAGUGGGGAAUCCGAACCACAGAAAAAAUCCAAAAAGAAGAAACAGAAAGAGCUUUGCGAAUCGCAAGAAGUUGAGGAUGUUGAACGACAGAAUGGUGAAGAGGAGGAACUCGAGGUUGAAACUCCUGUUAAACCUCGCAAGUUCAAAUGGGAAUCUGUGAUUACUGAAGCAUUGACGAGUGCUGGAGGCGAGUUGCCCGUGAAGAAGCUACGUAAGAAAGUUCUGGCAGAAUACGAAAACCAGGGAGGCGAAGGCAAAGGCCAGAAGUCUUUGGAAUGGGCUCUAUCCCGAUUUGACAAGAAGAUUCAGAAUUCCGGUUUGUUCAAAGUGUUGAAAGACCGCGUGAAACUUGUUUCGUAACGGUUGUUUUGCGUUUCUCGUUAUACUUUAUUGUGCGGAAUGAGGAAGGAAGGAAAGAUGCACUACGAAUA